AUGCCCGCUACGGAUUCUGCUGAAUUGGCCAACGGCACCGAGAACGUUGUGCAAAAGUCGAGGUCCGAUUCUGAGGUUGGCGCGUUUUUCAAAUGAAACUUUUAAAAGAACGAAUUCACUUUCAGAUAGUCGCUCCGCCCUCCUCCGUUCACAAAUCGUCGAGUCAGAACCGUCGACUCUUCGUCGAAGACAUCUCAACUUGCGAGGCUUCUGCCGGCGAUCGCGUCUGGGCCACGUGCUCUGGAGCUGGUUAGUCUCUUUUGAAAGAGCGAGCAGAUGGAAGAAAGUAAUGAAAAUAAAAUGAGAAACGAUUCCAGGAGACGUCGCCGAGCCCAUUCAUAUUCAUUUUCUAGGCGAGCAAUUCGAAGAGACCGCCAUCGAUGUGAACAGGAAAAAUUCGGUAUAUUUGAAUGGUAGGCUAUUCCAAAUAGACAAUUUCAGCUCGUAAUGUUCACGGUUCCCUCUCUGAAAGUCGAGUCGGAAACCGAAUUGGAACUGCGAUUCUCGACUUCCGACGACAAUGUGACGACGAUUCCGUUCAAAUAUGUGCCGAGAAUUCCGCGUUCCAACUCUCAAGACAUUGCACUUUUCGAUAAUUUGAUCGAAUUCGCCACCAACGGCGACACAAUUUCUCUUCUUCAGCCGUUCGCCUCGCACAUUUCCAGACAAGACGUCGAGGGCAGCACGUGAGUUAUCAGUGGAGCGCACUUUCCAAACUGAUUGAAAUGACCAGAUAUUCAGUGUUUUCCACGUGGCAUCCAAGAACGGACAGAGCUUCUCGCUGAAAUUGCUCCUCUCCGUGCUGCCGGCAGAUCAAAAAGAAGGUGAGCGUUCCGCAGUUUGAGCACAGACUAAUUGAAAGUUUAGAAGUGAUAAAUUUGCAAAACAAUCAUGGGUUGACGGCUCUCCACUGUGCGAUUCGAGCUGGAGACCCGGACGCCGUGCACUAUUUGAUGAACCACGGCGCGAGAAUCGACAUUCCCGAUAGCCACGGCAGUACUGUAAGUCUCGAAAGGGUCUGUGAACAGAACGGCUCAGAAAAUUCAUUUUCAGGUUCUGCAUUACCUCGGCGACGCCUACAAUGAAUCGAUUUUCAAAGAGAUACUGGAGCCGUCACGAGGGCAGCGAUUCGAUGUGAACAAGUUGAAUUCCGAAGGGUACGCACCGAUCCACGUGGCCGUCAGACGCUUGAAACUAUCGCUGAUCGAGAUGCUUCUCGAAGCGGGAGCCCUGAUCGACCUGUUAGAUACGGAAAAGAAGAGGAACGCACUGUUGCACGCCAUUGAAAUGAACGACUUUGAGACGAUUCAGUUGCUUGUGGAGGUCUCGGGAAAAACAAAAUUUUAAAAGAAUUGAAAAUUUUCAGAGAGGAUCGAACACGAAUAUUGAGGAUGAAUCCGGAGAGACCGCGUUGAGUCUGGCACUCAAAAAUGUGAAUUACCCAGUCAUCGGACUCCUUUUGGACAACGGAGCAGACGCGAACAAACAGAACUCGAGAGUGAGUGGAAUUUGAAAAAUUCCGAGAAACUUCUCUAUUCCAGGGUGCAUGCUUGGCCGACAGCGAAGAUCACGUAGUUCAGAACAUCAUAAACGGAGAUCGUCCGGAACUGCCGAAGAAAGAAGCGUUUGGAGUGCCGAACGACCUGGCGAUUUCUCGAUCUCCGCUCUUCGGAAGGUCUCAUCCGGACCAAGCGCCGAGCGAAGAAAGUAAGAGAAAUCGUGUGGUGAAGAGAACGAGAGAGGAGAUUCUAAACGGUAAAAUAGAGAGGAAUUGACUUUUUAAAAAACAAUUUUCCGCUUUUUCAGACGCUCAGACCCUUCUGGAAGAAACCGACACUUUGACUCCCCGAAUCGCCACCUUGUCCGUUUCUGAAUCUGAAGAUGAGCAACAACCGGGCCCAUCCACGUCUUCUGGAACUUCCCGGCGUCGUCAAAGCGAGUGGGAACGCAAUCCAAAACUCAGUGACUCAGUCUGCAACCUGGAUUACUUGACCCGUAUUCGAGUGUCAAAAAUAUUCGACGACCAGUGCAAGUGGCAGAGAUUGGCGCAGCAGCUCGACUGCGACCAUAUGAUUGAGCUUAUUUCCAUCUGUUCCUGCGGCGACGAUUCGAGCCCCACAAUGAUUCUUCUGGAUCAGUUCGAGCAGCUGGCCGAUUCGUCGAUUUCCAGGCUGCGAGACGCUAUGAACCGGAUGGAGGAAGAAGCAGCUGUGAAACUUAUCGACUCCCGCUACGUUUACUAA